AUGCGGAAUAAUCUUUUCGCCUAUUUUGGCAUCAGGCUUACCAAAUCUGGCAAGGUGCAUGCUUCAGAUAAUGGUAAACUUACGACUGUUGCAACCACAUUGCAAGGUGUCCAGAGAUUCCUCAACAGACACAACGCGAGAUUUACUGUAGAAGGAGACGGUACAGAAAAGCAUUGGCUCUUCUAUGAUUCUACAUGGCAAGUGGAAACAGAAUUCAUGUACGACCCUACCGGAAAACCGGUUCCAGACCCAAAAGACUCCACCAAGCAGGCCAACUUUCGCACCUUCGCUGGCUCAGUCGAUGCUAGCACAAUAGCUUGGUCAAAGACAUGCAAUUAG